AUUUUUAAUUUUGGAUAGAAUGGCGAUCGAUGGACGUCGUGCUUAUGAUGCUGACAAUUUCGGUAAACUGCGCCCAGAUGACUUCUCGUACAUGUUAGAUAGUGCUCCAUAAUGCCUUUCGCUGUUGUCUCCUUCAGCAUGUUGAACGCAACGUUCUUGGCCAACGAGAGUCGGAUCAAGGAUAUUGCUUUUUGAUAGGGGUGGGUUCAGUUUUGGCUGUUCUGUUUUCACCCAAAACCAAAGACAAAGCAGAACGUAAAUUGGCGGUUAAGUUCGGUUUUGCAUAGAAAAUAUGUAAACCAUUCGUAAUUCGGGAUUGACUCUAGUGAGAUGACACUUUAAGGUGAGAUGACAAGUUACGUGUUCAACUUUGCAACCGGAUUCCAUGAUGUAGCAAAAGUGACAAAGAGUAAAAGUGUUGUCAACACCAACAAGAAGUUCAAGGUCAAGCCCAACAACACCACCACUUCCAAGCCCAACCCCAAAAUCAAGCUCGUCUCCAGCUCCAAUCACAAUAGGAAGCCCAAAGUCAAGCCCAACUCCAACAAAGAGUCUGAGCCCAACCCCAACUCAAGCUCUGAGUCCAGCAUCGUCAAGCCCAACACCAACACCUAAUUCUUUGAAAACUCCAACUCCUGGCCCUAGCGGAGUCAGUGUGGGCCCACCUGCAGUGGCCAGCUCGCCCGGAGCUUCUCCAUCACCCAAUGGAACACCUAAUGAUGUGUCACCUCCGGUGUCUCCUAGCUCUGCUCCCAUAAGAGUUGUCACCACUUUGUUUGCUCUGGCUAUACCUAUUAUUGCCAUUGGUGUCAUUUAUUGAAUUAAAUAAGGCAAUCAAAAGGAAUUUUACCUUGUCAACGUCUGGAAUUCAGUUGAGUUGAACAAAGCUCUCAUAAAACGGAAUCAUCAUUGGACGAGUGAUUGAUGUAUUAGGCCAGUUGACACCAAGAUACUUCAACUUUCCAGUAUCACGGUCAAACACCACUAGCUCAUCUGUCAGGCUUGUAAAAUACAAUAGCUUACCGUCCAGCGAAAACCACAACGGCU